AUGAGUAGUUCAGCGAAUGCUCUCAAUGGUGAUGUGGUCGAUGAGAUUAACAUGUACUACGAUUAUCGUUGUAUAUCAGUAUGUGAAGCCACGUGGCGGCUAUUUGGAUACUGGAUACAUUAUCGAACACCACUUGUAGAUAGGUUAAAUUUCCACUUAGAGCACCAGCAGAAUGUUGUAUAUGGUGAAGAUCAGCCCUUGGAUGAGAUUGUGGAGAACCAAACAGUUAAGCAGAGUCAGUUCAAAGCUUGGUUUGAGGUGAACAAAAAAUACGAAGAGGCCCGUUCACUCACUUAUGCUGAGUUCCCCAGUAAGUUUGUUUGGAAACAAGAUCUGCGUGAAUGGCAGCCAAGGAAAAGAGGCUACUCCAUAGGACGAUUGCUUUAUGUUCCGCCAGGGUGUGGAGAAUUAUACUAUCUUAGAUGCCUUUUAAAUUUGGUACGUGGACCUUCUAGCCAUGAGGAUAUUUGCACUGUUGCAGGGGUCAUUCAUAAUUCGUUUAGGGAUGCGCGUUAUGAAUAUGGAUUAUUAGAUGAUGACAAGGAGUAUAUUGACGGUAUUACUGAUUCGAGUUACUUGGCAUCCGCCUAUGCUUUGCGAAGGUUAUUUGCUACGCUUCUCACUUCAAGUUCAAUCAGUAGGCCAGAAGUAGUUUGGAAUGCCGUUUGGGAAUUUCUUACCGAGGAUGCACAGGUUCAGCGUCGACGUGUCAUGCAGAAUUCAGAGUUGAUGUUAUCGGAUUCAGAUAAAAAACAGUUCGCUUUGAUGGAAUUGGAGAAAUUGCUAUCUUUGUGGGGGAAAAGCCUAAAAGAGUUUCCAGAAAUGCCAAUUCCAGACGAAAGUAGCAUGUGUUUGAGUGAAAACAUGUUGAUAGCCGAAGAGUUGGCAUAUGACAAGGAAUCGUUGAAGACAAAGCAUGAAACAUUGGUAACACAAUUGACUGAUGAGCAAAAGAAUGUUUAUGAGUUUGUUAUGAAUGAUAUUGAUUCCAAUGGAGGUGGAUUGUUCUUUGUGUAUGGUUUACGAAGGAACAAGCAAGACGUUUGUGUGGAGAACGUUAUCGUCAAAGAUAAGGAGUCGCGGUGA